CCUGCUGGCCAGCACCAACGGCCGCUGCUCCUGACGCUGCCGCGCACGCUUUAUUUUUUCUUCAACAAUCGUCCUCCUUUAUUUCACCUCCACCUCCCGCCUAGUCUACAUGUGGUGUCGUCUCGUUUGAGGCACGUCGCUGCCGCCGGGCAGUGGCCUGCUGCCGACCCCACCCCGUCACCCACUCACCCCUAACGGCGGCGAUCACGAGGUCGUCGGGACCACCACGGCACGUGUGGUGCUCAGGUGCAAACGGGUCACAGCGCACAAUAUACACCGAGCGUAACCAGUUGAGAUUGAACCUAACCACGUCAUAUAUACUACUCGUAGCAUACCACCACACAUAACAAUGUCGCGGGUCGUUUUGAUUGCAUAGGCCUAAUGAAAUUUCGACCGUUUCUCUCGAACUGACGACCACCGCCGUACGUUGUCAACAUGAGCAACGAGAGCGACCCGGGCACGCGACGAUCCUUUCCCGGGAAUGUCAUCGUGGUGGAAGAGCGGCUCAUUCUAACACACCUGACCGCCACGACAAUGGAGUGAUGGCAAGAGAAGAAUCUCGGGGGAAGAGACCGUUUAAAAUAUGGGACGGUUAUCGAAACACGAGAAAAAGCCUAGUGGCUUCCAGCUUGAACGAACUUGAAUCUCGAGGUAAAGAGAAAUUGAACAUCGGUCCCGCCGAAACGGUCCGUUUGGUGUUGGAAGCCGAUGGCACGCAAAUCGAGGAUCCGGAUUAUUUUAAAACACUGCCAAACAAUACAACUGUGUUACUGCUCAGGGACGGCGAGAGUUGGUCGCCGGCCGGCGUCGAAGCAAUCACAGCCGCUUUGACGGCCAUCCCUAAGGUGGUUUUGCAAACGAUUCACUCUCUGAAGCUCCAACAUGAGACACCCUCGUGGAAAGUGGCGUACAACAAAGGCCGUGUUACGGUGGUCCUGUAUUGGGACCAACGUUCCACACACGGCCCACAGGAGUCGUCAGCCAGGCGAGAGCAACAGCCGAGCACUUCCGGCGCGGCCACGCCACCCCUCGUCGCACCUAACAUCAGACUUGGUGAUUUUCCCAAAUCAAACGAGUCGAGUGUGCCGGCGACACGCGGCCAAGCAGCACGUACACCCGUGCCGCACGUCGUGGUAAUGCCAUCGCAAACCAUCCCAGGUUUCCAUUGGACAUUGCCCAGACAGGGUAGUUCCAUGGAGGCGGCCGCCAUCCACGUACACACUCCGGAAUGCGCUUACAAUGCGCACCGACCUGCCGCCGGCGGUUCAUCGCGGUCGUCCAGCCCGACUCUUGGCAUGCCGUCCACGCCAAUCUUCCACCCGUCGUUCCCCGGCCACAAGCCCGGAUGCGACUUCCACUGCUGCUCUGUGUUCGUGUCCCGCCGGCGUCCUAGGUCAGUGACCAUAUCGCCCAUCCAAAUCAGUCAAGAACUGCCGCCGCCGCCCGGCUUUCAAGAGCCACCGCUCGACUUCCAACAGCGGCCACUGCCACCACCGCCCCAACAGUCUGCACUGGCGGACGGCACGCGUCGUCCGUCGCCCAAAGCACACGUCCAUUUUUUGGACGCCGCCGAUACCAUACUGCCACCGCCGCUGCUCCUGCCGCCCCCGUUGUCGGCUGGUAGACACCACGUAGAAACCGACGACGAUAUAAGCGGUUAUGAUGUGAUCGAGGAAGGCGCCGUCGGCUACGACACGGUCGAGAUCAACGCCGCCGGUGUCGUCCGGUCGGACAGCUCGGAAACAGACACGACAGUAAUCGAAGGCAACUCGAUGACGUACGACAUGGUUUUGGCGCUCAUCGACGAGUCGGAACCCGGACAUCCGGAUUUGACCAUCGAGGAUAUUGGUUUCUUCUUGAAGAAUCUCGACUACACAAUUAUAGACGUCAAUCAGCUACAACGCGUCGGCAUAAAGGACUGGGUGUUGAAGGCUACCAUACAGAGCAGGAAACGCAUCAACCUGUGCAUCAUACACGGCGACGGAUAUUACAGACUGUUCGAGCAUCCGAAAUACCCUUUGGAAGGCGUGGCCACAGAAGCCAUCGAUUGUACAACGGAGGAUCUCAAUGACGACGAAGAGGUGAAAAUUUGAGAUAACCAAUUAUUAACGUUUGCUCUGCACUAGCUGAAACAUCAUUACGGCUUAAAGUAAUAAUAGUUUUUUUUUAAUAUUUCAAAUAAUAAUAAUACAAUUUAAGUAUAUUGAUACAUAUAUAAAAUAAGUAAUAUCCCAAGUGGAUUAUAUUAGGUUGAUUACGUACUUAGCAAUAUCGCUUGGAUUUGUUUUGAAAAAUACUGUUGUAGACGUACUGACAUUUUUCAACAAUAACGGCUUUUAUAUUAAUUUUCAAUUGGAGACAUUAAAAAAAAUGUAUUAAUGUAUUACUAUUAACUAAGCAAUCGAAUGCAACAUUGAUGAGGAAUUUCGAACUAAUAUAAUACAUUUUAAUCAAAUAUUAAAAAACCUUUAACAAAAAUACACAGGAACCAAAUGAUAAUAAUUUCGUUCCCCGUGAAAAUUUGGUAAUGCAAUUUUAGCUUUGACGCAAAACUGAGAAGGUGUCGAUAUUUCUUUUUAAUAGAAUACAUUUAUCUAAUUUGCUUACAA